CCCAAACUCAGUCACUCACUUUCAUCCAUCUUUGUUCUAUCCCGGAUCGCUUCAGAUCAUCGUUCUUCCUGCCCCCCAUCCACCAAUCGAAAUCCCUCUGGCCUUCUUUGACGGAUCGUCCAUCCGAUCUAGCUCCGAGCGCAACUGGUAUUGAUUCGACGUCGGAAAUCCCAGAUUAGAGUUGGCUGUGCAGGAUGGCUGCGAUCAGCAAAUGGACGGUCUCCGAGCCGUAUGUCGAUGUAGCAGGAACCUUACUGGAGGGUCCGUUCUAUGACGAAGCCCGCAAUGAGCUCCGCUUCGUUGACAUCUGGGAGGAGAAGCUGUAUUCGCUGGACCUGGCUCAGGGGCCCAGCUCACUUCGAAUCCUCGACACGUCGACGUCGAUCGGAGUGACAGCCAAUAUCGCGGAUCCCACCGACUCUUACGAGGGCCAGGCCGUCGUAGCUGCGAAACACGGCUAUGCACUCCUCAACCGCACCACAGGCGAGCUGUCAUAUCUCGCCAAAGUCUGGGAUGAACAAAAGGACGCGGCAAAGGCGCACCGGAUGCGUUUCAACGACGGAGCGGUCGACAGCCAAGGACGGUUCUGGGCGGGGGCAAUGAACGACAACAAAGUGCAAGAGCCCAUCAACGAAGGCGUUCUGUUCCGUCUAGACCCCGAUCUGACGCUGCACCGGAUGGUCGAGCAAGUGACGAUUCCCAACGGGAUUGGGUGGAAUGCUGCGGACGACACGAUGUACCUGACGGACUCACCGAGGGGCAAGAUCUACGCGUUUGACUUUGACGCCCCCUCGGGGAUCAUCAGCAACCGGCGCGUGUACUUCGACCUCCAGGACGAGCCCAAGGUGCCCGAUGGGUUCGCGAUUGACGUGGAAGGCUGCAUCUGGAGUGCGAUCUACGGAGGCGGUAAGGUCAUCCGUAUCUCGCCCGAGGGGCAGGUCAUUGGUGAGGUGUUGCUGCCCACCCGGAACAUCACCUGUGCGGCCUUUGUGGGCACCGAGCUGUUCAUCACGACGGCCAAGGACGAGACUGAUGAUGCGGCGCUGCCGAACUCUGUUCGGUACGGGGGGCGACUGUAUCGGGUUGACGUGGGGGUUCGGGGACAGGCCAAGAAUGCGUUUCGCCUGCAAAAGUGAUCUGACCGAUCUUACCUAGUAUAUAGGUUGAUGAAGAAAAGGUUAUAUGAGUGUAGAUAGGAGGGGUAAAUUCACCCCUCCUUCUCCAGCGUAGAUGAAAACAACGAUUUAUAUUUCACAACAAAACAAGCGACACCCUACUUUUUUUACCCUACACCUGGCUCGCAUAGAGAGAAGCAGUACUCCGCACAUCCGCAUCUCACUAGGUAGUAAGGUACAGUGAGG